AUGCCGAAGGACGAAAACGGUAAACGUAAGGCUAGCGACGAGCCUACAUCCCCCGUCGCUACGAAGCGGGCGAAACACGACGGUUCAACAGAACCGGAAAAGAAGCCCAUUAUCAAACCUAUUCCUUUCCCAGAGAAGGUACCUACCCCUGUUCUAAUUCAUUGCGAUACAGUAACUGCACAUUUCAUUGUAAAAUACAAAAUCAAAAUAGCCAUUGAUCGAUCGCCUCCUUACCUCAUCACUGUACAAGCAACCGCGCCCGCGGUAAUCGAAGAGCGAAAUGGCGAAAUUGAAUUCCGUGUAGUGAACAACGAUAACGAACGCGAAUCCCUCAUCAUCCUUACCGGCCUUAAAUGCAUCUUUCAGAAACAACUACCUAAGAUGCCCAAGGACUACAUCGCGCGACUCGUCUACGACCGUACACAUCUUUCCAUUGCGAUCGUCAAGAAGCCCCUCGAAGUUGUUGGCGGCAUUACUUACCGACCAUUUAAGGGCCGUCAGUUCGCUGAAAUUGUUUUUUGUGCUAUCAGUAGUGACCAACAGGUGAAGGGCUACGGCGCCCAUCUUAUGUCGCAUCUCAAAGACUACGUUAAAGCGACGAGCGAUGUGAUGCACUUCCUAACUUACGCCGACAAUUACGCUAUUGGAUAUUUCAAAAAGCAAGGAUUUACUAAGGAAAUCACACUGCCCCGAUCCGUAUGGAUGGGUUACAUCAAGGACUACGAGGGAGGUACGAUCAUGCAAUGUUCUAUGCUUCCACGCGUUCGCUAUCUGGAGAUGGGACGCAUGCUUCUCAAGCAAAAGGAGUGUGUACAAGCCAAGAUCCGUGCCUUCUCUAAGUCUCACGUCAUCCACGCACCGCCUAAGCAGUGGAAGAACGGUGUAUCUCCCAUCGAUCCCCUCACAGUCGAGGCCAUUCGAACUUCGGGCUGGUCACCGGAUAUGGACGAAUUAGCACGGCAACCACGACAUGGGCCGAACUACAACCAAUUACUCCAUCUCCUCAACGAUUUACAGAACCACCAGUCGGCUUGGCCAUUCCUUAAUCCGGUUAAUAAGGACGAUGUGGCCGAUUACUACGACGUGAUCAAGGAGCCCAUGGAUCUCAGUACCAUGGAAACCAAGCUUGAGGCCGAUCAAUAUGGUACACCCGAAGAGUUCAUCAAGGACGCGAAGCUCAUUUUCGACAACUGCAGGAAGUACAAUAACGAGUCUACUCCCUACGCGAAAUCAGCGAACAAGCUAGAAAAGUUCAUGUGGGCCCAAAUAAAAGCUAUCCCCGAAUGGUCUCACCUCGAGCCCUAG